CCUAAAAGUGAAAUUGAUGAGGUGAACAACAACUUUCUAAGUUGUGUCAUAAAUACACAACUUUACCAACAACAACCAAACAGCCCCUUAACCCGAGCGAGCUCCCACUUGCUAUUUAAAAGCCCCCCGCGGUCUCCCAAACCCCCAAACCCCGAAUUUCUCAACAAUGGAAGACGGGAACAAAACCCUAGAUGCCGUUCGCUCUGUGCUCUUCAAAGAAUCCGAAACCCUAGAAGGCAAGAACUUCCCCAGAAUCAACGGCUACGAUUUCAACAAGGGAGUGGAUCUCGCGGGCCUCAUCUUCUCCAUGGCCUCCACCGGGUUCCAAGCCUCCAAUCUCGGCGACGCCAUCCAAGUCGUAAAUCAAAUGUUAGAUUGGAGGCUGUCUCAUGAAGAACCAGCUGAAGAUUGCAGUGAGGAGGAGAGGGAUCCAAGCUACAGAGAGUCUAUAAAAUGCAAGAUAUUUUUGGGGUUUACAUCGAUUCUGAUAUCUUCUGGGGUUAGGGAGAUCAUUCGGUUUCUCGUUGAGCAUCGGAUGGUGAGUGGACUUACUCUAUGGGUUUUUAUGUUUUGAUUUUUGUUGCCCACAGAUUGUUUGAAAUAAUCUAAGUUAUUUGAGUUUUGAAUAGAGUGCCAGUUGAAGGUUAAAGAUCUGGAUGUUGAAGCUUAAUGCUGAGUGUGAUAUGGUCAGAUGACAGUGCAAGUUGUAACUAGUUUGUGAUGUGUAGUUUGAAAAGUCUUUAGCUGUCUGUAGAUUUCUCAUAUAACAGAAAAGUUUGAUUUUAAGAGUAAGGGGUUGUGAACUAUCUCCGGCACUUGAAAAUACGAACACAAAAUCCAUUGACAGACAGAAAUAUAUACAAGUUUUUUGAAAAAUGACCAAACUCAUCAUCAAAGAACAACCAAAAACAUCAUUCCAACUAUCCUUGUUCUUGGAGUGGUUUUUCUGUGUGGUAAAACAAACCAAUUCCUUGAGUAUCCUUGUCUAAGACGAUCAUAUUUAACUAGAAGCGACAUGUUUUUUGUGAACCUUCUCCUUAACCUGAAUAGAGGUUCAUAGUGAAUCUAGUGCAGAUGAGGAUGUUGAGCCUAAGUUCCUAUAGUGCAAUUUUCACUUUAACUGAAUAUAGAGACAUGGACUUGUGAGGUCAAAUCAAAAAAAUGUGUAAGAAGCUUAGUUAAUUCUAAGAUGUAGAUCCGUGAAAUACCACACACUUUUGCCUGUAUUCUUCUUGUGAGUUUGUAGUUGUGAAAAAAGUGGAUCCCAA